GAUGGAUAUAAAAACGAAAGCGUGCCAAAAGCAGGCAAUCAGUCGAUACGCUGACGCGCUAGAACCAACAGCACCAAAAACAAAAUUACCAUUGAACCAGACGUGCUAAAUACCAAGACAAUUAUGUGGGUGAAUCAGCUUGUAGUUCCCAUCAUUGCACUGUUGUGCCUGAUGCCAAGGCUGUCUUUGUCCGACACACUCUACAUACCGUACUCCGACCGAAAUACACAUACACUGCGCAACCAGCAGGAGCUGCAAAUCGAUGGCAACUAUCACUACGCCUAUGAGACCUCCAAUGGCAUUUCUGCCAAGCAGGCAGGACUAGGGGGCGUGGCCGUUCAAGGCGACUCCAGCUACACAGCGCCCGACGGCAGUAUCAUUAGCCUUCGAUAUGUGGCUGACGAGACAGGCUACCACCCAAUAGGCGAUCACAUACCGAAGGUUCCUGACUACAUUCUCCGCGCCCUGGAGUACAUUCGCAAUCACCCCUAUCAGGUGCGCGACUACUACAGUGGUGAGCUUAAGACCGUAUCCCAUGACAACGAGGCGUUCAAGGUAUACACACGGAAUAUUGCGGAAUCCACUACUCCGGUGCCGCGACCCCGCAACACUACACCAAAGGUCGUCUACCUGACGCACGCACCACCGUCCGCAACGCAAGCGAAUUCUCCGGCUCUGAGAAGACUCAAGAGACAGAGUCGCAGCAGCAUUCGGUAA